AUGGGAUAUACCCAGAAAGCUGAAACCUUUGACUGUAAGAAGAAAUACCCAGAAAGAAAAAUCAAAAGAAAUUCAAUGGAAGGUCGAGAAAUGCGGCUCUAUCAAGGCGCGGUGGUGGCCGCCAACUCCAUCUGCCAAGACACUUCCGUUUCCUUGCUAUUGGCUGGCUCGGGUGAUUCCCUUAAACAAUCGGCCGAGAAGACUGCCACGUGUCGCCCUUCUAUUUCUCGGGUUCUUGUGGCUGCUUCUGAUAAGUUUGCUUGUCCUUUGGCUGAGCCGUGGGCUAAGUUAAUCCAAUUGGAUCAGCUAAAAGAAGCUACUCUCAUAUGUGCUACUUUCUUUGUCACGGGCCUAUUUAUGCUGGAACUGCCAAACUGGAAAAAUUGUAGCCCCGGAACUAUACAUAUGGCAUUCGGUGUUUCAGGAGCCAUUCAACACUUAGCUGGCAUGAAGGAUUCUAAGGUUAUCGUUGCGGUUUACAAAGAUGCCGAUGCACAUGUAGCUGAUUAUGGAGUCGUGGGCGAUCUUUUUGAAGUGAUACUGGAGUUGUUAGAAAAGCUUCCUGAGAAAAAGUAG